UUCUUUCCUAAAUUGCCAAGACUUCAUUUCCAAUAAUGGCUCUUCUUCUCCGAAGCCAAUUAGGAAAGAACUGAAAAGAAAACCCUAACCUUUUUUAUUAUCUCUAUCUUAUUCCCUUUCUGAAUACCCAAUUCAGUAUUAAAACCCUAAAUUGGUAUUCUCUCUGUUGUCAAAUUCAACGACCGAUUUCAUGGGACGUGAUUCUGCAACCUUUUUAGCUCCUGGGUUUCGUUUCCACCCCACUGAUGAAGAACUGGUUCGCUAUUAUCUGAAGCGUAAGGUUUGUAACAAACCCUUCCGGUUCAACCCCAUCUCCGAGGUUGAUGUCUACAAAUCCGAGCCUUGGGACCUACCUGACAAGUCGAAUCUGAAGACCAGAGACUUGGAAUGGUACUUUUUCAGUGUGCUGGACAAGAAGUAUGGGAAUGGGUCAAGGACCAAUCGAGCCACAGAGAGAGGCUACUGGAAGACUACAGGAAAGGAUCGGACGAUUCACUAUAAUUCUCGGAUUGUGGGCAUGAAGAAGACCCUUGUUUAUCACAUUGGUCGAGCCCCUAGUGGUAAGAGGACUAAUUGGGUUAUGCAUGAGUACCGCCUUGUUGAUGAGGAAUUGGGGAAAGCUGGAGUUCAACAAGAUGCAUUUGUUUUAUGUAGGAUAUUCCAAAAGAGUGGAUCAGGGCCAAAGAAUGGGGAGCAGUAUGGGGCACCAUUUAUCGAGGAGGAGUGGGACGAUGAUGAAGUGGCUCUUGUGCCAGAUCAAGAUGCUGUAGCAGAUGAGGUGGUUGUCAGUGACAAUGCAUUUGUUGAAGUGAAUGAUAUUGAUCAGAUUCCGGACAAUAGCAAUCCAUCCGAGGAUUCUCCUAUUCCAUUCAACUUCUAUCAUGGGGAACCUAGUAACUAUGCUGAGCAUUCAAUGGAAUUUAGUGAAGACGGUCAAAAGCCUGUUAUAUGCAUGCAGGACACUCAAUGUGGUACAGAGCCACAUUAUGCGCCAAUGUUCUCUAAUUUGCCUCAGCAUAAUGUGAUGGAUGCCAAUCUAGUAAAAGAUGGAUAUGGGCCUGCAUCAAUUAACAAUGCAAAUGCUGAUGAUGCUCCUGUUGAGCCAUUCCUCGAUGCUAGUGAUAAUCUUACAGUUGGUGAUGAUGGACUGUAUCUAGAGUCGAAUGAUCUUUCAAAUCCUGUUGAGGCAGAUUCUCUAGGUUUUAAUGUUGAUGAUUUCCUUACAUUCUUUGAUGCUGAUGAUGACUAUGUGGCCUUUGAUCCUGCCCAAAUGAUGGGGAGUGAGAUACCUGUUCCUGACCAAGAGCUUCCCACUUUGCAGCAUUUGAAUGGAGGGACUGAGCAGGUUCCCAUCUCAAGCGAACAGCUAGUGGAACCACAUGGCAACAACCAUGCUUCCUCUUCAAAGCAAAAUCCUGAGGCCACCUUAUUUGGGAAAGAUACCAACUAUCCAUUCAUCAGAAAAGCCAGUCAUAUGUUGGGAAGCUUUCCUGCUCCCCCUGCUUUUGCCUCAGAGUUCCCUACAAAAGAUGCAGCUCUUCGUCUAAAUGCUGCAGCACAAUCUUCCAGUCCUAUCCAUUUUACUGCUGGUAUGCUAAGAGUAACAAACAUGACUUUAUCAGGCAAUGAAUCAUUUGGCAAAAAUGGGAAUGUCAAUGUUGUUGUUUCCUUCGGCUCAUUGCAAGAUGGUCUUCUGCCAAUGGCCAACCUAUUCUCAGGCAAGACAGGGUCCAUGGUGUCACGCGGCUGGUUGUUUCUAAUAUUCUUUUCAGUCCUGAUUCUUUCCUUGAGUUUCAAGAUUGGGACUCAUAUGUAUGCCAAAGAAUACGGUCAAUAGAUGAAGUUGAUCAUGUCUCACUCACAAUGACACCUUCUCAAAAUACUCUAGUUGGGUACUGCACUGUUAGUACUCAACCCUUAUAAUUAUAUAGGUUUUGUCGGAGUUUCAGGCAACUAAAAAAUCGAACCUUUGUUCGGUUUUUAUUUUUGUUAUAUGCAAAUCAACAGUAGAUGUCCUAUGCUGCACCUUUAUCACUUACAUGUAAUCCUUCAAGAAUUGCUUAGCCGCUGUGGUUGUAAGAAUUCAGAUUUUGUAAGAACUUUUUACUCUGUGUAGGCUACACAACCUUUCUUUUCCUUUUAUUUCAUUUCUCUUUUUCCACAUGGGAAUGAUCAUUUGUUAA